UACACCAAAACCAGUUUCUCUUUCUUUCUUUCUUUCUUUCCUUCUUUCUCUUUCUUCUUUUUGAGUAAACUAAGAUCCCACUAACAAAUCCAAGUUCCUCAAAUUACAGUUUUUUUGGUCCAUUUAUUUUUCUUUUUCUUUUGUGGGGGUUUUGGUGAAUUUAUUACUUUAGUGUUAAAUUAAGGUCAAUUUGGUUGGUAAAGUUUCAAUUUUUUUCUGUUCUUUUGAUUGAUUCAGCAGAAAAAGUUGAUCUUUUUUUAUCUGGGUUUUUGCCCUGUUGUAAUUGGGUGGAGGAAUUUUUAUUUUAAAUUUUAUGUUGGAGCUAAAAUUCAGGGGAUUUGGAGUUUGAAAUUAUUCUUCAAAUUCCAUCAUUUUAAGUUUUUUAUGUGGUUCAGGAGAAAGCUUUUGUUUUAUUUUUUCUGAGUUCUUGUUGUUUCAUGUUGUAAUUUGGUAAAUAUUUAUUUUGUUUUUUUGUAGAUAAAGUAAGGGGCUUGAGGGUUUUGAAUUUUCUUGAAAUACCAUGUUUUGUAUGAUUUUCAUAUAGUUCAGAAGAAAGUUUUGAUUUUUCUUUUCUGGGUUUUUGUUGUUAUAUAUUGUAAUUUUGUGGGUAUUUUAGUUUUUGUUUUUUUUUUGUAGAGGAAAUAAGGGGCUUGAGGGUUUUGAAUUUUCUUGAAAUUUUAGUUUAUUGAAUGAUUUAUGUAGAUGGAAGAAAGGGGUUAGUUUUAGAAUUUGGUGUUAAAACAGAGAUGAAGGAGACUAAGCUUGAAGAGGGAGAUGCUUGUAAUGAUUCAACAGUUGACCCUGAUAUUGCACUCUCCUAUAUUGAUGAGAAACUCCAAGAUGUUUUGGGACAUUUUCAAAAGGAUUUUGAGGAUGGAGUUUCAUCUGAGAACUUGGGGUCAAAAUUUGGUGGAUAUGGUUCGUUUUUACCUACCUAUCAGCGUUCACCUUCUUGGUCUUGUACACCGAGCAAUAUGCGCCCAGAGGGUGGUCGGCGAUCCUCAGUAGCAUCAUCAUCCACUUCUCUGCCAGGAAGGCCCACAGCAGCUUCUGCCUAUUCGGCAGUAGUACCUGCACCGAAGGCUCAAACAGCUAAUGGGAAAACAAAUUCAGCUAUUCCACCUGCUCAUGAAAACGUCUCCGCUUUGAAAAGUGAAAUAGUCAAGAAGCCGACAAAUCUAUCAGACCAGAAAGCUCCCAAGUUGCAUAUCGGAGUUGGUAUUGAAAAUUUGUCAACCCAAAAGAAAGCUGAAAUCUACAGCGGGCUCGGUCUUGAUGCCUCUCCGUCAUCAUCGCCGGAUGAUAGCUCGAUAUAUGGUGAGGGGUUGUCCCAUGACCUUGGGGAUUCCCGAUAUGAAUCUCCGACAAGUAUACUUCAGAUUAUGACCUCAUAUCCAAUGCAUGAAGGCCUACUAUUAUCACCGCUUUCGGAUGAUUUGAUUUGCUUGACUGAAAAAGGGAGGUUCUGGGGGAAAUGUGGAUCUGAACGUAUGAUCAAGGAAAGCUUUGAAACUUCUGUUGCAUUAGUAAAUGGAACUCAUUAUGCAAAGAGGAAAGCUUCAGAAGCUGGGAAAUGGAAAUCUUACGAUAAAGAUGUUUUAGCAAAUGGCUAUGGCAAUGACAAUCAAAAUCGUAGUGGUGUGCAAUCAAAGGAGGAGGUUGAUGUAGACGUUAUCACCAGUGAAGAACUUGUUUCUAAGGCAUUGAAGCUCCCUCUUAUCGAAACUAAGUUUCACGGUGUUCAAAGCACAGAGGUCUUAAAAGAAGUUUCCAUCGCUGAUUCCAUGGAAUCUAAGAGUAAGAAAACCCCUUAUAGAGACACUCGCUUGUCUGGAAGUGGUUCGGAGGACAUGAAAAAGAACCAUGCCGGAGAUAGAUACAGAGACUUCUUUGGGGACAUGGAAGCUGAUGACGACAAUGAUGAAACUGGUGUACAUGAAAUUCCUUCACCAGAUUCUGAUGCUGUCGGUAAGAAAAGUUUAGUUGAACAUAACGGCUCGAUAAAGGAAAGAGUUAAUGUUAGAAAAACCGAGAAACCAUGUUCAUCUGGGGAGUAUCCUAUAUCGGCUUCAAAUGGAUCAACUUCCCCUGAUGCUUUGCGCGCCAGCCAAGAGAACCAGAAUCUUGGUGUACAAGUUAUCGAAUCCAGUCGGACAAAAGGAUAUGGAUCAAAAGCUUCGUCAAGUGGAACUAAACAAGAUUGCUCACAAUCUUCCGACCAUGUCAUAAUGAACCACGAGGAGAAGAGGAGACGUAAAAACAAAGAGAAGAGAAUUUUUCUUGACAACCAUUCUGAUGGAGGUACAAAGAACGCAAAGAUGAGGAACAUGAGUGAGGAGGAUUUAGAUGUAUCUGCUAAAAAAAUUAAACGAGAUGAUGUCCAUCGUGAAUCAGGUACAAAAGUCAAAGCAAAUACCAUGGUUUCUGGUUAUGCAACUCAUCAAGAUGCUGACAUAAAUGCAGAUCGAUUACGUCAAACUAGUCAAUAUGUUUGCAAGACGGAAAACUCAGAUCAAGGAUCUGAUAAGGAGAGAAAGAAUGACCAUCAGUAUCAGAACAGUGCGCCAGCCUCAAAUGGUAGAAGAGGUUCCUCGUCACGGAAUAAAGACAAGAAUGGGGCUCCAAAAUAUGAUUCUGACCAAUGUAUGACCAAAGAUCGUGAUAUUUUAAGUUUAUCUUCAGAUCAAAUGCCAUUGGAUGAGGAGAAAAUGACACCAGGAAAAAACAAGUUUCAGGAGAAAUCUGGGGUUAGUUCUGAUAGAUUAAAAAAGAGUUCCAAGAAGGAUCCUUCUGGAAAAUUAUUGGACAAAAAUGUUAAAGGAGACAAUCAAUCAAGAAUUGUUCAUCACGAUGACGCACAGGUUGGAUUGGAUGUUACAUCCUACCCAGAUAAAAGGCACGCGCCAGUACCUGAUCGAGAUGAUCAUAGAUCAUCUAAGAAGCAUGUUUCCAACAAAAGCGAGCAGAUUGAAGUCUCUCCCAAGUCUCCAUUAACAAGAGAUCAGAAUGAGACAGUUGUAUUUAAAGAGCCGGUUCCUGGAUCCGAAAGGGAAAAUGGGGCAAAUCUUGUUAUAGUUGAUGCUUUUGAAAGGGAAAGGUCAAAUAAUUCACGACAGGGUAAAAAAGCUAAAAGCCACCACGGAAAACUACCUAAUAGUACUGCUCAUAAGGUCAGGGAUGUAGAUGUUCCAAGCCCUGUUCGGAAGGAUUCGUCGAGUCAAGCUGCUACAAAUGCUAUAAAAGAAGCCACAAACCUUAAACACCUGGCAGAUCGCCUCAAGAAUUCUGGAUCAAGUGAAAGCACGGGUAUCUAUUUCCAAGCAGCACUAAAGUUUCUCCAUGGCGCCUCCUUACUAGAAUUAGACAGCACUAAGCAUGGUGAAUUGAACCAGUCAAGGAGAAUCUAUAGCAGCACUGCGAAACUCUGCCAGUUUUGUGCUUAUGAAUAUGAGAAAAUGAAAGACAUGGCUGCUGCUGCACUUGCUUAUAAAUGCAUGGAAGUUGCAUACAUGCGAGUAAUUUAUUCUUCACAGUCCGAUGCAAAUCGAUACAGAAAUGAGUUACAAACAGCUCUACAAAUUCUUCCUCCAGGUGAGUCUCCUUUCUCUUCUGUCUCUGAUGUUGACAAUUUGAACAAUCCAACAAUGGUAGACAAGGCUGCAUUGGCAAAAGUUGUUGGUUCUCCUCAAGUAGCUGGAACUCAUGUUGUCUCAGCAAGAAAUGGUUCUAGCUUCAUGCGGCUAAUCAACUUGGCACAGGAAGUUAAUUUUGCAAUGGAGGCAUCCAGGAAAUCACGUGGUGCUUAUGCAGCUGUUAAUCCAGGGCCUGGAGAUUCACAAUGUAAAGAGGGUGCAUUAUCCGUUAAGAGGGCUCUUGAUUACAACUUCCAGGACGUGGACGGAUUAUUACGUCUUGUGCGUGUCGCCAUGGAAGCUAUCAGCCACUAGAUUGCAAGCCGUUGCUGAACUCAUGCCACUCCUUGCAACAUACUUUUGUACCGCUCUCCAUGUGCUGUCAGUCGAGAAGUCUAAGAGAGGAUAUCUUGGUUGGAAUUGCGGGCGGAGUUUGCUAUACAAUCUCCCAAAGUUUUAUCUUUUCAAUGCUCUUGUAAUCUGUACAGUAAUAGCUUGUUGGUUUUGACUCAAGAGAAGAUGCCGGGAGUAUACUUUCAGGGAAGUGCAGAAGCAUAAUAUUACCAGUAUGUAUCCGUCACAUGGAUUGUUUGGGUUUUCGAUUAGAGGACGAGGAGUUGCUAUUAUAUACCUUCUCCCUCUCUACUUUUUGCAGAUAGGGACGUCACAGGAUGAGAUAUCCAGUUGUUACGAGCAGUUCCACAUUUUCAAUGGAAGUUAACUCCAACAGAAGCAGCGACAGCUACCUACCAAAGCCAUUUGGUAUUCUUUUGGCCACAUUCUUUUUGGAUGGAUCUUUUUCUUAAAUAUGACCACAAGUACUAGAGAAACUAAGUUUUUUAUGAUACUGCAACUGGACGGACUAAAAUGGAGCAACAUGGAAGUGAGGAUGCAUAAGCAGACUCCAGCUUGCUUUGGAUUGAGGCGUAGUAGUAGUAGUAGUAGUAGGUAAAAAUCUUUUGACUUGUAAAAACUUGAGAAAAUGUAGCAUAAAAGUGGAAUGAAGCGCUGAAGUGUUGUAUAGAAGUGUUUGCACUACAAAGUAUUUGUAACUAUAAGGGCAAUGUAAAUACAAACAAAAGAGAAUUAGAUUUGCAUUCCCUUUCUAUUUAUUUUAUUCACAGUA